AUGGGAAUCAUAGUUCCAGUAUUGACCCUUGUUUACCUCUUACUCACCACCACAGUGAGCCAUGCUGCCUCCAAACCGAGGAUGAUUCUAGUUGGUGGAUAUGUUGGUUCGUGGAAGGUUCCAGAUUCUCCCAGCAACACUCUCAAUCACUGGGCUGAGGCCAACCGUUUCAAAGUCGGCGACGUUCUUGUGUGGGCGUAUGAUGCGAAAGUUGAUUCGGUGUUACAAGUGACAAAAGAAGAUUACGAUAGUUGUGACACAUCAAAGCCCUUGAAGCAAUUCAACGAUGGAGACACAAAGUUCAAGCUAGACAACUCAGGACCUUACUUCUUCAUCAGUGGUGCUCCUGGAAGCUGCACUAAAGGCGAGAAGAUUCAUCUUGUUGUUUUGGCUGAACGCAAUAAUGUUGGUGCCGGGAGCCGUGACGUUGGCAGUCCUAAGGUUUCUCCUGUUAGUAGUACACCGGCUUUUACUCACGCUCCAGCUCCAGCUCCAGCUCCAAACGCUGCGGUUGGACUGAAUGUUGGAAGCGGUUUGUUCUUGACCGCGGUUGCUAUUGGUUUGGCUAUGGCUUAG